UCCUCUUCUACCGCGCCCCCAUUCUUGGAGAGCAAGAACAACGCAGCCCAAAAGCGAGAGAGACCGGUGGAGGAGCGCAGCAGCCCAUUCCCACACCACACGCGCCGCACCUUCUUCGCUUCCCCUUCGCUUCCGUCUCUCCCCGCGCAGAUCUAGCGAUGGCGGCGGCGGCGGCGGCGGGCGGCGAGCCGGCGUGGGGGGAGGCGCCCGCGGGGCGGCGCCGGCCCAAGACCAAGAUCGUCUGCACGCUCGGCCCGGCGUCGCGCUCCGUCGAGAUGAUCUCGCGCCUGCUGCGCGCCGGCAUGUGCGUCGCGCGCUUCAACUUCUCCCACGGCUCCCACGAGUACCACCAGGAGACGCUCGACAACCUCCGCGCCGCCAUGGACCGCACCGGGAUCCUCUGCGCCGUCAUGCUCGACACCAAGGGUCCAGAGAUCCGAACUGGAUUUUUGAAAGAUGGGAAGCCUAUUCAAUUGAAGAAGGGUCAAGAAAUCACAAUUUCCACAGAUUAUAGCAUUAAGGGUGAUGAGAAAAUGAUAUCGAUGAGCUACAAGAAGCUCGCAGUGGAUCUGAAACCAGGCAGUGUCAUAUUGUGUGCUGAUGGUACCAUCACUCUUACUGUGCUUCACUGUGAUAAAGAGCAAGGCUUGGUUCGCUGCCGUUGUGAGAACACUUCUAUGCUGGGUGAGAGGAAGAAUGUUAAUCUUCCAGGAGUUAUUGUUGAUCUCCCAACACUCACUGACAAGGACAAGGAGGAUAUCCUUAAGUGGGGUGUCCCAAACAAGAUUGACAUGAUUGCCUUGUCAUUUGUUCGCAAGGGUUCAGAUCUUGUGGAGGUUAGAAAGGUACUUGGCGAGCAUGCCAAGUCCAUAAUGCUGAUGUCAAAGGUUGAGAAUCAAAAGGGAGUAGCCAACUUUGAUGAUAUCCUGGCAAACUCUGAUGCGUUUAUGGUGGCAAGAGGUGAUUUAGGGAUGGAAAUUCCUAUAGAGAAAAUUUUCUUUGCACAGAAGGUGAUGAUUUUCAAGUGCAACAUUCAGGGAAAGCCUGUUGUUACUGCCACUCAGAUGUUGGAAUCUAUGAUCAAGUCUCCUCGCCCUACUCGAGCAGAAGCAACUGAUGUUGCAAAUGCAGUGCUUGAUGGCUCCGACUGCGUCAUGCUUAGUGGUGAGACAGCUGCUGGGGCAUAUCCAGAGCUGGCUGUGCAGACUAUGGCCAAGAUCUGCUUGCAAGCAGAGUCUUGUGUUGACUAUGGUGCUGUAUUCAAAUCAAUCAUGGCCUCAGCUCCAAUUCCAAUGAGCCCAUUGGAGAGCCUUGCAUCAUCGGCUGUCCGCACAGCAAACUCUGCCAAGGCAGCGCUUAUCUUGGUCCUGACUAAGGGAGGAACAACUGCUAGGCUUGUGGCCAAGUAUAGGCCAUCCAUGCCGAUACUGUCUGUCGUAGUUCCAGAGCUGAAGACCGACUCCUUCGACUGGACCUGCAGUGAUGAGGGGCCAGCACGGCAGAGCCUCAUUGUGAGGGGUGUGAUCCCAAUGCUGAGUGCCGCCACUGCCAAGGCCUUCGACAGUGAAGCCACUGAUGAAGCUGUCGGUUUUGCCAUCGAGAAUGCGAAGGCUAUGGGGCUAUGCAACACCGGCGCGUCUGUUGUGGCCCUGCACCGGAUCGGGACUGCAUCCGUCAUCAAGCUCUUGACUGUGAACUAGGGGGGGCAGGAACACCAUUUUGCCUGGGGGUGAUUUUUGUGAGUCUGCUUAAGCAUACCAGCAUAUCUUCUACAGUUUUUGUUGCCAAAGAUAGUGACUUUGGGAGUUCGGGUUUUGGUUCCUUGGGUGUCACGAGGCUGUGAGAAUUUAUCACUAGAGGUUAGGCAUUUAAACAAUCACCAACCAAUAUAGCUACUUAUCUGCAGCUGUGUUGCUGCUGCUACUAUAUUAUUUGAACUUCAUGAUUGUUUCACAUGCUUGCUGAUUA